AUGGUAGCAAAUGCAAUUUACCAACUUACCAGCUUGUCCAAUGAAAAUGAGCAAGAGGAUGCUUGGGGUGAACACCCUUCUAACUUUCAAGAGGACACAAUCUCUGAACUGAGACCCUCAAGUACCCACCAGGCAAGAACAAAUAGUAAGUGCUUCUGGUGUGAGACGAGUUGCAUCACUAAUCAAUGUACACCUGUUGAGAGGGCAAUUCUGGAGGCACUUAACGAACUGGACAUGAAGAUCAAUCAUCUGACUUCAGUGGUCCAGUCCCUUGCAACUAACAGCCGUUCCAAUGCUCCAGUGCUGGUGGUGGACAGUGAGGACGAUGUCUUUCCUCUCACAACCAUGGAGGAACUAGUCAAACUGGAGAGACAAUUAUCAGAAAAAGCAAUGAUGCAAAAGAUGGUGAACAGGUUAUCCAUCAGCGGAGGACAUACACUGAAGAAAACCAUAUGGAGAAUAUGCUCCAAGGUUUUCGGUCCUGUAGCCAAACAACUGAACUGGUGUGGAAGGGGAGAAAAGCGAGGGAUCAGGAAAACAAAUAUAGGAGCACUCCUAAUAGGUACGUACAAAAUGUGUUCCAAUGUAGUGUAUGGUAACACUUUACAUUAA